GAAGUGAAGAACUUGGCGGUGCUUUUCUUUUCUAAAUUUAAAUUGUAAACAAACAAACGUUAGUUACAAUUUGAAUGAGAUAAAGUUAAUUAUUUUAUUAGUAUUAUGUUUACCUAUGGUCUUAAAAUGUGUAUUUCGCCGCAAUUCUUAAUAAAUUUUAAAAAUGUCAUAAAAUUAAAGCAAUCUACUCGUUUAAUAUGUAACCAAGUUAAUUUUUCUAAUUCUCACUCUAGAUGUAUAUAUAGAUUACAAAAAUCCAUACCCUAUACAAACUAUUAUAUGACGGAAAUUGAUUCCAAUAAUUUUGGUCGACAUAUGUCAAAAUGGAUCAAAUCUUCAUCAAAUGGUAUUCCUGCACUUAAAAAUUCAAAAAAGAGGAGAAACAGAAGUACUGUUUUUGCUGAAAGAGUAACAUUGAAAUUACAGCAUGCUAGAAGGGAAACUAAAAGAAAAGUGCAAAACAAAAUUGGAGAAAUAAAAGAAAACAUCCUGACAGUUCCUAAUGGGCUUUGUGUUCUAAGAAUAAUCUCAACUCCUCUGUUAGGAUAUCUUGUGAUAUCUGAAUACUACACAACUUCAUUAGGAAUUUUUAUGUUUGCGGGCUUUACUGAUCUAAUUGAUGGUUACAUAGCUCGAAACUUUCCAAACCAACAGACCAUGAUUGGGAGCUUCUUAGAUCCUGCUGCUGAUAAGCUUCUAAUUUCUACUCUAUUUGUUACACUAACAAUAAAUGGGCUUAUUCCUGUUCCAUUAACAUCUCUUAUUAUAAUCCGCGAUGCUGUUCUCUUUGGAGCUGGCUUUUAUAUAAGAUAUGUAUCCUUACCUCCUCCUAAAACACUGACCAGGUAUUUUGAUAUGUCAUUUGUCACAGCUCGAUUAUCACCAACCAACAUAAGCAAAAUCAACACUGGAAUUCAAUUGGCUCUUGUGGCAGCAUCCCUUGCUGCUCCUGUAUUCAGUUUUGUUGACCACUUUUAUUUACAUGUGCUUUGGUAUAUAACUGGUACUACAACUAUUUUGUCUGCAGCAAGUUAUGUUUACUACAAAAAUUCUACAUUCAAGUUAUUUUCUUCAGCAAUAGAAAAAGAGAAGUGAUAAUUUACUGAUCCUCAAUUUGCACUGAUAAUAAUUAAUAUAUUUGAUAAAAGUUUUAUCCAAUUAAAAAACUUUUAUUAUCGUUAGGUAAUGUGAGUAUACAGAUACAUUAUAUUUUAUUAUUGUUUAUAUAUGAUACUAUUCUGUAAAUUAAUAAAAUGUUGUUCAAUAUUGUU